AUGGGCGUUAGCGGCAGCCCCAGCGCGGAACGCGGCGCCCGUCCUGCACACCGUCGCGGCGUGCGGGCCGCUGAUUGGCCGCGCCCGCCGUGCUGCACAGUCGGGCCCCGUGCACUGAGACAGGUGCCUAUUUUUGCGUCAACCGCGCAGCGCGCCUAUACCUCGCGCCCUGCCUCUGCUCCCGCUACACAUCGGACGGCCGCGCAGCACCCCCAAGCACCACUUCCAACCAUGUCGUCGCAACGCCCCGCGCCGCCGCCCUCGCUCCAGCAACUCUUCGUCGCCAACGAGAGCGUUCCUGCAUUAAGCGCCAGCUGCUCGCGUGUCGGCGGCAACCUUGACCACCAGAGGCCGUCGGGGCUGCUUCGGCACUGCCCCCUCUAA